AUGUUUUCUAUUGUUCUUCUCUUUUUUUUAAAUCUUGUUUUUGGUAAUGUUAUCCAUGUAACUGAAGAUUUAUUUAGGACUAUUCUUGAUGAGAGUCCUCUCACCGUUGUUGGUUUUCACAAAGGAGAUAAUGAUACUGUUAGUCAAUUAAAAAUGUUAGAAAAAAAAAUAUCAAGUUCAGCCAUUAAUUAUUUUGAUAUUAAUUGUAAUGAAAAUGAAACUAUUUGCAAUUUACAUGAUAUUCGUAAAUAUCCUGAAUUUGUUGUUUACAAUAAUUUUGUUAUUACUUUUUAUUCUAAAGUUGAUGAUAUUCUAAUCAAUGACUUACAAAAUAUCAUUUAUGGAAUAAGAGAAAUUAAUUCAACUGAAUUAGAUAAAAUGAUUUUAAAUAACCAAACGUUUGUAUUACUUCAUUACACAUCUCAAGAAACGGUUAAGGAUUUUCUGUCUCUUGCGAAGGCUGUUCGGCGUAUUCCUUUUUACAGUAUAAAAGAUACCUAUAAGUCUCUUAUUCUUUAUAACAACGAAUUUAAUCCUUUACCAGUUCCAUUAGAUAUAGAUAUAAAUACAAUUUUUAAGACUAUCUGUUCUUAUUCAAACCCAAUUGUCUCAAACUUAAAUGCAGAUAUAAUUAAAAGAAAUUUUAGAAGUAGAGAUAUCAUAGUUUUUUACAACAAAGAAAUCAAUGAAAAUGACCUCAUUGAAUUAAAAAAAAUUGCUUUGGAAAAUCGACCAUGGUUAGUCACAUAUGUUGAUAACCAAAAUGAAAUACUUGAUUUGUUACCUGUCAGAGAAGCUCCUGCUGUAUUUUCUUAUUCGAUGAAGACGUUAGAGCCAACUAUUCCAUUGAUAUUGUCUGAAGAAGGGAAAUGGUCAGAGAUUAGAAAUUACAUUAAAGAGUGUGCCUAUGGUAGAGUAAAACAGUUUAUAAAAAAUAGUGAUCCAAUUGAUGAGGAUAAGCAAGGAUUAGUUCAUGAAAUUAAUGCUAAUGAACUAGAAGCAUACAAACAUGACUAUAAGGAUUUAAUUUUGUUAGUUUGUGAUAGUGUUUCUGAGGAUUGUAUUAAAGCAAAGAAAGAGUUUGAUAUUGCUGCCAAUAUGCUUGUAAAACAAAAAUAUACUGAUUUAGCAUUUAUUGAUAUAGAUAAAAAUACAGUUGAAACAUGUACAUCACAAUAUCCAAUGAUUGUUAUGUAUUCAGGGAUUGUGGAACGAUCAUGUUUUAGUGAUAAUAGACCAAUUACUGCUCAAGUUAUUGUGACAUUAGCAAGAGAAAGAGGGGUAUUUACUAUUCAAUUAAAUUCAUUUAAUCCAGAGAAAGAAAUGAUAGAUCCACAAGAAGCACUUAAAUUGAGAAAAGCGUUAUUAAAAGAACGUAGUGGUUUCGAAGAGUCUUCAGAAUUUAUUAGUGUUUCUAGUUCAUGGCGAUCUUAUCUCAAAAGAAAAGAUAAUUUAUAUAAGGCUAAAUCAUUCACCAGAAUACUUAAUGAUUAG